CGCGAGGGGUGGGGCCUCCCCGCCCGAGGCUAUAAAAGGGCGGCGCGGGGUCGCCCGCCCCCGCCAGGCUCAAGAUGGCGGCGCUGAGGGCGGCGGGGGCGGCGCUGCUGCGGCCCGGGCGCGGGGAGGCGGCGGCCAGGCUGGGCUACCAUAAGAAGGUGGUGGAUCACUACGAGAACCCGCGCAAUGUCGGCUCCCUGGACCGUAACGCCAAGAACGUGGGCACCGGCCUGGUGGGUGCCCCGGCCUGCGGGGACGUCAUGAAGCUGCAGGUGGAAGUGGACGAGAACGGGAGGAUCGUGGAUGCCCGUUUCAAAACCUUCGGCUGCGGGUCGGCGAUCGCGUCCAGUUCUCUGGCGACGGAGUGGGUCAAAGGGAAAACGGUUGACGAAGCGUUGAAAAUCAAGAACACGGAUAUCGCUAAAGAGCUCUGCCUUCCGCCGGUCAAACUGCACUGCUCCAGUAAGUACAGGACCAAACGGGGAAAGCUCAAACACAAACACCAGUGGGAGAAGGGGAACUUCUGGGAAUAGCGCAGAUGCUUCUGAAU